AUGUCGGAUGAAAGAAUAGAUAGGGGAAUAAAGGGAAUACGCUUAACUGAUACCCAAGGGAAUCCAGGCCCUAUUGAAGUACUGUUAGGGGCAGACGUUGCAGGGAAGUUAUUUACUGGCAAACGAGAAGAACUAAGAACAGGUUUAGUGGCUAUAGAAACAAAAUUGGGUUGGACUUUGAUGGGUAAAGUACCUCAAUCCGAACAUCAGCACAAUGUAAAUAUGACUAUAGUUUCUAUGUUAUCUCAAGAAGACCUGCCUAUUUCAUCGUUGUGGGACUUAGAAUUAUUGGGUAUCCGAGAUCCUGUUGAACAAAAAACUAAAGAAGAGUCAAGAAGAGCUAUUAUGGUUCAUUUCCAAGAAACAGUUCGUCAAUUAGAAAAUGGUAGAUACGAGGUUGAUAUGCCUUGGAAGAUUGAGCAUGCAGUCUUACCUGACAAUUAUGACCUAUCUUUGAAAAGACUCGAAUCUACUACGAAGAAGUUGGAAAAAAAAAUCGGAUAUCGUGAAAGGUAUCAUGAAGUCUUUAAUGAAUGGCUGCAGGAAGGAGUGAUUGAAGAAGUUCCCCAAAAGGAGUUGUCUUUACCCGUUGUUCAUUACCUCCCACAUCGUCCAGUCAUUAAGGAAACGUCCUCACUAUCUUCCAUGAAAAUUAGACCCGUUUUUGAUGCUUCGGCAAAGCUUUCUAAUCAGCCAUCUCUAAAUGAUUGCUUAGAGACUGGAAUUAAUUUGAUUGAUUGA